AGUAGUUGUAUUGUUGAUAUUAUUCUUCUGUCCGGGUUGGUCGUGUCGCAUUGACGCGGUGUGUUCCACCUCGAAAAGCACCGCUGCAAAACGUACUCCACCGCCUUCACCCACCGUUGCAUAUAUAUAUAUAUAUAUAUAUAUAUAUCGAUCUUACUGUUAUUAUUUCUCCCCUCUUUCUCACUGUUUCUGCGAAGAGCGCAGCAGCAACAACAAAAGACAGAGGAACGGCGAAUAGUCCACACACACACACCUACACACAUAUAUAAAGAAUAGCAAAGGAAGCAGUCGAAUCGAAUUGGAAGCUCGUGCGCUGCGUGCGAGUGUCCUUUUAUUUCUCUCUCUCUCAUAUUAACUAUUUAUUUUUAUUAAAAGAAUUGUAAAAAAGAAAUCGAAUCAUGGCUGCCGCACAGCAGCAGGCACGGAAGAUUGCGUGGCUUGAGUCGCUGCUGGACACGAGCAUCAUCGCCUACGAAUCCCACCGCAACGCCCUCGAGAAUAUUUACGCCCAAUUGGAGCAAUGGCAGCAGCCACCGGGAUCUGGCUGUGUGCACAUCAGCCCGGGUGAGGUGAGGGAACUGAUGCGUGACAUCAACGAUGUGCUGGACCAGUGUGCACUGCACUUGCAGCCCUUCAACAACAAUGACGAUGACAAAGACGGCGGCAAGAGCGCGGACGGGCGGGGUGCCGAGCCCGAUAGCAAGGUGAGUAGCCACCGAGGAGCGGCGCGCACACCUUCUCUUCCCUCGCCCACACCGAGCCGUUCGCUGACGCCACCACCUUCACAGCAGCGACAGCAACAGCAACGUUCUCCUCCGCUAUCAGCGCAGAAGGAUGCCUCUCGCACGACGUCUGCCACGCCCUCGGAAGCGUCCUCGGUGCCUCGUGCGUUGACGAAGGCGCAAGGACAAGACACACCGAAGUCGGCUGACGAGAAGGUCCGCGGCAACGACAACGAUGACCCUUCCCGGGAAGGCAGCUCUGUUCGAUCGUCGGCGCGCGGCGACAGCUGCGGCCGUCGAGGAGGCGAAGCGCCUGCGAACGCCGUGCCUGAUAAAGCGAGGACGAAACCCCAGCCGACGGCGAAGUCCACCGGCCCUCGCGGUGCCGCGGCGCACGUGCCGGACGUGAGCCCCACGCAGCUAGCUAAGACGGGGUCGCGGGUGGCCUAUCCCGGCCAGCCGACGGACAACACUUCGACGCGGUCGGGCACCCCGCAGUCAGCACCCCCACGUGCCGCUUCAAAGCACGACGCACCGCAGCAACAAGAAGUGGGAGCGGAUCAGUCGCAACGAGAGCCGUCGCAGGGCCCGACUUCGCACUUCGGCAGCAACAGCAAUACCCCGGCCCCCUCGCAGCAGGGUGCACCAUCCGCCUCUGUGGAGAAGCAGCAGCCGCAGCCACGACAGCAGCAGCGGAGUCCGCCCACGCGGGCCUGCCACCACUAUCAACGCAUCGCGCAGCUCAUGCAGGCACCGUGGACGAACCCGAGCAACAACGGCAGGGAGGGCAACGCUGCCCUUCCGCCCACACCCGCCGCCGCCGCACCACCACGCGCACGCCAGCCAGCACCGACGUCGAGCCACACCGCGCCCACGUCGCAGCCCAUCCUAAACGAAUCACAGCGUUCACGCAACCCACCACCGCCGCAGCAGCAGCAGCAGCGACGACCGCGUGAUGCAACCUCGUCCGCGCGCACCGGUCUCGCUUCCACGGCUCCACGUUCCGUUUCCGCAGGUAAUGAGGACGUUAACAACGACAAUGAUGAUGAUGCCGUCGGUGUCGGUGCCAUUCCGCGCCGGCGUGGGUCCUCGGCGGCGGCCGAGAGUGAAAGCAGCCACAGCUCCGUCGUACCCCCACACAUGACGGAGGAGAAGGAGGCCAAGAGCGGCCGCUCGCAACGCUCGGCGUCUCCGCACUCCGCGUCGCAGCGGUCACACCGCACUCCGCCUCCGCAACAAGAUCAACUACAGCAACAACGGUCAUCGGCAAUCGCCUCUUCUUCUGCCCCUUCCGCGUCGUUCGCGACCCCCUCUCAGCACGGCAGCACCGCCGCCGCACCGGUCGCAGCCACAACAACAACGCCAGCUGCUGCUGCUGCUGUCCCGCCGGCACAACGUCAGCGGAACGCCGGUCCCACCACCGCUGCACCGCCGCCGCCGUCGCAAAUGGACGCGUCGCAGGUCGGCAGCGUCGGCCUCGUCCACACCCCAAGCCGAGCACCGCAGCACGACAGCACGCGCGAUUUGUCUUCGGCCGCCGCUGCUGUCCCCUCUCCUCACCCGGCACAACCCCAAUCGCAGCAGCAACAGCAGCAACGGUCACGAUCGUCGUCGUCAUUGCUCGCGUCGUCGGCUGCGGAGGCGUCAGCGGCGCCACCGCCGCAGGUCCCUGGCGCGCACCGCCCCCUUCGCACCGCUGUUCCGCGUCGCACGACGCCGCGCGCUUACGACAGCUCGCAAAGCGAAGAGGCGGUCUUCCACCGUCGGCGCCGCGCCUCGCUCGGUCGCCCGCCGGUACGUGCGGACAGCCCGAAGGCGCGGCGGUACAUGGACCGCGAAGACUCGGAGCUGCGGCAGCGGAAAGAGGAGGAGUUGUCGGAGAUCCACAACGGCCCCUGCGCGCGUAUUGACGGCGCGGGGAACGUUUUAGCCAUCACGUCGGGUUCCGCAGCGCGGGCGGGGCGCGGUAGGACCAACGCGAUGGCGGGCCCCGGCAAUGCCGGUCUCGCGCAACAGCCAUCGCAGCAGCAGCAGCAGGUGCCGCUGACGGCAGUAGAAGAACAGCUUCUGGCCGAGCGCACCGCGCUGCACAACCAGCUGGAGAAGAUGCAGAUGGAGGUGACCAUCGCGACGGUGCGCAACAAGGAGUGGGGUAAUGAGCGGCGGUACACCCAGUUGAAUGCGCGCAUGAGUCGCGUGCUGGGAGACUUAGAUCGGGUGGAGAAGGAACUGAACACGGUGCGAAAUUUUGACCAGGCAGCGCGCUCUGGAGCGGCCGCGAAGGCGGGGUGA